UCUCUCUCUCCAAGUUCUAUUUUGAUCCUAAACCCACUAAUGGAGUCUCUCUGAUCACACUCCAAGAGACACAUGGUUCUAUUCUUUCUCACCAAACAUAGCUUCCCUUUCCCUUCUCUCUAUCGAAAACAAUUUGGCAACAACCUCAUCCAUGGAGUCACUCCUAAUCACACUCUCUGAAAUCGAAAAUGAUCAGCCCCAAGAGGGAGAAAAUGGGCAACGUGGACCCAUUUCGAAGAACCAUAUUCAGGACUUGCAGGCGAUUUUUUCAACAUCAGAAGCAUCUCUAUGGGAAGAAGUGGUGUCUCGGAACAUUUCUCUGGCCUCUCUGGUUCGGUCGCUUUCAACAACAAUGGAAUCACCAGGUACAAUCGGUCUUUUAGCCUCAAAUCUCUAUCUCACUAUUCUUCUUUCCGAUGGUUCUCCUUUAUAUACACUGUUCAAUCCUGUCGCCUUUCACUCUCUUCUCCGGUCAAUUCGAAAUUCGCUCAAGCAAAGCUCUCAGCGUUUUCCCUCAAAACCCAAUUCAAAAAAGACCCAAUUGAGAAGAAAGACCAAAAAUGCAAAAAGAAUCAAUGACUCCGAAGAAGAUGAAGCUCUAGAACCCGAAUCUCAGGAAAAAGAUGGAAAUCCACAAGGUUUUGAUGCCAACAUUUUGAUCUCUGUGCUAGAGAACCUAGAUUUAGUUAUGCAUAAUCUGCGAUUAGAUGGCUAUUUUGAUAGUCUAAAGUACUUGAUUGAAGUUGUAUCAGAGCUACCUAUGUUGGCCUGUGAUUUCAAUGGUUUUACUGAGGAGAAUGCAGCAACCAGGGGUGGCAAAAGUAGAAAAGUAGUUUCUUCAUCGGUACCUUCUCCACCACCUUAUGAAUCUCUAUGUCGAUUGUGCUACAAAAUUAUGGAAAGGGUCUUGAUACAAGAGAAUGGGGAUCGCACUUUAACAUCUGUUGAAAUCUUCAAAAUGCUCGCUCGCUCAAUCCUAUGCCAAAAAUCUCAAGUUCGAGUCUCUGCACUUAGAUUUGUCAUCAAUAAGGUGAUACCCACGGAAUCUGAUUUAAUUCGAAAGGCCCUCAUAUCUUUGCCAAGGUACUUAGCAAUGAAGGCCCCUGAAAAAACUGAGCCUCGAGCUUUGGCUGUGGAGUCUAUAAUAGCAAUAAUCAAAGCAAUGAACACAAGUGAGCAGAUGGGUUUUGCUGGGUUUGUCAUGAAGAUGACUCAAGGUAAGCCUCGGCUUCGAAUGAUUGCCAUGGACUUGAUUCCCUCUCUUCUUGGGUCAUUACCUGAUCCUUUGGGCUUGAAAGAGGAUCAAAAUUUUUGGGGUUUAAGAUGCCUUGAAGCACUUUUGCAUCGAUGCUCAGAUAAGGUAGCGGGUAUAAGGGCCAGGGCUUUGACUAAUAUGGCCAAUGCCAUUGAACUGCUAGCGAGUGAUAUAAGGAAUAGAUCGAGAUUGCAAGAACUGUUGGGGUUUGGCGGGAUGGGUAGGCCUAACAAUUUGCAAGAGAAGCAAGAGACGGAAGAAGGUUUGGAGGCGGAAGCGAGGAAUGCUGGCUUACUUUUUGGGGAUCUUAGGCCUUCUCCAUUUUCGGGGCCAGGGCCUACACCAAUAACACCUGGGGUGGGUUGUGAGGAUUUGAAUGUUUUGUUGAGGAGGAGGUGUGUGGAUGAGAAGGCAGCUGUGAGAAAGGCUGCUUUGUUUCUUAUUACAAAAUCUACUUCUCUACUUGGUAGAAUACCAGAUGAUGUCACUUUGAAAACCAUAGGAGUUGCUUGCUCAGACCCCCUUGUUAGCAUCAGAAAGGCUGCUCUCUCUGCUUUAUCAGAGGUUUUCCGGAAAUUCCCUGAGAAGAGAGUGGUGAAAGAGUGGCUACACUCCGUUCCCCAACUGAUCACUGAUAAUGAGUCGAGCGUCCAAGACGAAUGUGAGACCCUCUUUCUAGAACUGGUCUUAGAUCAUAUCAGCAGGGUUGCAUCAGCAAGCUCAAGCAACAACAAACCAAAGCAUCAUAUCCCUAAGGCCUCGAAAGCUGUAAUAGAGAAAGAGCUUGAGAUGGUCUUCCCUGAAGGUAUCCUAGACUUGCUUAAAAUGAUUUGCAAUGGAGAGGUAGCCCCCUGUGUUAAGCGCAUAUGUGCGAGCCUUGGCAAGAAAGGGCGGCUAAGGUCCGGACUAGCUCUCUCUCUCCAAAAUAUCAUAACCAGCUCUGAGUCAAUUUGGGUGAACCACUCUAUGGCAAUAGAGAAAUGGACUGCACCUCCAGGUGCUUGGUACCUCCUCUCUGAGGUUUCAGUGUUUCUUCCAAAAUUUGUGGGGUGGAAGUUCCUUAACCAUCACUGGCAACUCUUGGAUAGGAAUACGACUGAGAAAGAAAUUGGUAGUCCUUUUGCAUGGCAAGAAUUGGAGGGUCAGGAUGAACAGGACGCUGUAUCAGUUGCUUGGGCAGAAGAUCGGGUCCACUUGUUGAAGACUAUCUCCAAUGUUGCGAAAGAACUGCCGCCUGUUGGUGCUGCCGAGCUUGCUGAGAGCUUGUUAGCGAGGCUUAUGGCCUUUAACAUGCACCCUACAGAGGUUGAUGCUCAUGUACAAGCUCUUAAAACAUUAUGCCAAAGGAAGGCCAUCCAUGAGAAGGGUGACCAGUUAAUAUCGAAGUGGGUAGACCAGGUGCUCUCCAAGGCUCUGCAAAUUCUUGAUGAUUAUGUAACUGAGGUCUCUGAAAUGGGCAACUUAGAUCGCUUUCAAACCCCAGCUAGAAGUGGAAGCAGGAAGAAGAAAGCCAAGGGGAAGACAAAAAUGGGAGCUCUGAAUCCAUCUGUACAAGCUGUAACAGCCAUUUUUACUUUGGGUUCCCUGGUCCUGGUUUGUCCAUCCACUAAUUUGAAGGGAUUCAUUCCCCUGCUUCAAACUGUGAUAACUUCUGGAAGCUUGAAACCAAAAUCUAAAGAGAUUACUGGUUUGGUUAGUGUUUCAGCAAAGAAUUUCUCUUCAUCUUUCUACAUUCAGUCAUGGGUCACACUGGGAAAGAUAUGCCUUGUGGAUGACAAGCUGGCCAAGAGAUACAUACCUUUGUUUGUGCAGGAGCUUGAAAAGAGUAACUCUGCUCCUCUCCGGAACAAUAUCAUGGUGGUAAUGACUGACUUUUGUGUUCGAUACACUGCACUAGUUGAUUGCUAUAUUGCCAAGAUCACGAAAUCUUUGUGUGACCCAUGUGAAGUAGUCAGAAGGCAGACAUUCAUUCUGCUCUCCAGGCUGCUACAGAGAGACUAUGUGAAGUGGAGAGGUGUGCUAUUCCAUCGGUUUCUUUUUGCUCUGGUGGAUGAAUCCGAGAAGAUCAGGCAGCUUGCAGAUUUCCUUAUCGGGAGCAUCUUAAAGACAAAGGCGCCUCUGCUGGCAUAUAAUAGCUUUGUGGAAGCCAUAUUUGUGUUGAAUGGUUGUGAUGCCCAUGGGGGACAUAGUGAAUACCAAAGCUCGCAUUCAGAGUCUCGUCUCUUCUCUUUGAGGGGGCCAGAUGAGAAAACUCAAUCUCAACGCAUGCACAUAUACGUCUCUCUUCUUAAACAAAUGGCACCAGAGCACCUCUUGGCUACCUCUGCCAAGCUCUGCGCUGAGAUCCUUGCUGCAGCUGCUGACGGUUUGCUGGACCUUAAUGAUUCAACCGGAAAAUCUGUUCUUAAGGAUGCCCUGCAAAUACUUGCCUGCAAGGAGAUGCGCCUGCAAAGUGCACGCAACACCCCAUUGGCCACAGACCUCGAAGAAGAAGGUGUUCCACCUGCAGCUAGUGCCUUUACGGUGGCCAAAGGUAGGGUGGUGAGCCAAGUGGCCAAGAAGAGCCUGGUUCAGAAUGCCAUCCCCAUUUUCAUAGAGCUCAAGAAAGUACUUGAAAGCCGAAAUAGCCCUCUCUUGGGUUGCCUCAUGGAGUGCCUUCGUGUUCUCCUCAAAGAAUAUAACAAUGAGAUUGACGAAAUAUUGUUAGCUGAUAAGCAGCUCCAAAAGGAGAUUUUGUAUGAUAUGCGCAAGUACGAGGCAUCCAAGGCCAAGUCCACAGUGGUUGAGGCUAUGGCCACGAUACGCAGGUCAGGUGGAUAUCAUUCAUCAGUUGGCAAAACGUCUGACACCCAAGCUAAUAAUGGUGGCGGUAGCCAUUCAAGGCCUACAAGUAUUGGUGGAGACAGAAUUUAUAAGGCUGCUAAACCUUCAGUUGCUCCAAAUUGCAGGCUUUCAUGUUCCAACAGUGGUAUUCGUGGUCCAUGCCCAAAGCCUAAUCUUGGUAUUGAUGCUGGUGGUGAUGGUAUUAAUUUGGGGCCUAAUGGUAUUGGUGGUGAAGGAUUUUCUAGGUCUAAUAUUUGUAGUAGAGUUCAGAGCAAUGGUAAUUUGAAGUCUAGUAGUUAUGUUGAUGGUCUCUUCAGGGGUGAGUCUAGUAAUAGAGGUAAUUGCAGUAGUGCUGUAAAAUCUACUGAUGUUGGUGGUGGUGAUUUAGAGGGAGAAUUUGGGAAUAGUGAGAGAAUUGUGUCAGCAGUGGCCGAUAUGGCAGCGGCUGCCACUGUGAAUGUGGUGCUUAAGGAUGUGAAUGGGGGGACAUCGACGCCGCCCCUUGGCACGAUGAGCAUACCAAAGUUGAAGGGUUCUUUGAGUGAUGCAAGUAGAAAGAGCAACUGCUCUCAGGUGUUAGAGUCCUUGAGGAGGAGAGAGACUUUCAAUGGCUCUGAGGAGGGUUAGUGCUCACUUUAUUAUCAAAAAUGAAUUUGAAUGGUGUAUAGGGGGAGAAACAUGGAGGCAUCAGCAGUUAAAACAGUUAACCUCUCCCCUUAUUUUGGAGGGGAGAGAGAGAGUGGGAGAGGGGUUUUGGAUAAACCCCAAACCCAGGAUUUGUAAUACGGGAAGCUUGUAUUAUGUUUGUUUUGUAUGAUUGUUAUGAAAUGUAAUAAUAAUGGCGCGUUUAGUUUGCUUUGUA